AAUUAAUGUAAGGAAACGAAGAUAUUAACAAAGUGUACACUUUGGAGAAAACCUUAGGAGAGUAUUGAAAUUAUAUAAGUCAAGGGGAGCCUUUGGAGUUGUGAAGAGAGCUGUCAAAAAGAGCACAGGCGAACAUUUCGCAGUGAAAAUAAUUAACAAGUAUUUGAUCCAUAUUGAUUGAAGGGAAAACCUAUCAAACGAAGACCUAUUAGCCUUAUAAACAGAAGUGGAAAUCCUUACUCAAGUACAACUAAUAAAUAUUUAGAUUGAUCAUCCCAAUGUUGUGAAAUUGUAUGAGAUUUAUGAAGAUGACACAUACUUCUAUAUGGUCUUGGAAUUAAUGACUGGCGGAGAGGUAUUCAAUAAUCAAUCAUCACAUUAAGCUAUUUGAGAGAAUAGUUGAAAAAGAUCACUUUAGUGAGAAGGAAGCAGCUGCAACACUCAGACCAAUUAUUGAUGCACUUGCUUAUUGUCACAAAAUGGGAAUUGUACAUAGAGACCUCAAACCAGAAAAUCUACUCUACUCAACCAUGGAACCUGGAGCCCUCUUAAAAGUAAGUGAUUUCGGACUUGCUCGUUUCGUUGGCUCAGAAGAAGUCAUGAUGACUCAAUGUGGUACUCCAGGUUAUGUGGCUCCUGAAAUCAUCAAUGGCAAAGGAUACACAGAAGCCAUUGAUUUCUGGUCAGUUGGUGUUAUUCUCUAUAUCAUGUAUGAAGAAUAUUUAUUCAAGGUUGUGCGGGUUCCCUCCUUUCUAUGAUGAAGAUAACGAUAAGCUCUUUUAAAUGAUCAAAACUGGCAACUUUGUUUUCCCAUCACCGUAUUGGGAUCAAAUUAGCAAUGAAGGUUGAAUCUUAAUAUCAUAUUUAUAGCCAAGGAUUUAAUCAAAGGCCUAUUGACCAUUGACCCUGCCAAAAGACUCACCACUGAGAAAAUCCUUAAACACCCCUGGCUCCUCAAUAACACCCACAAAUCUAUUGUCAAUCUAUAAGCCAAACUAAAGGAUUAUCGUGCUUCCAAAAAAAUCAAAGUAAAAAUCUCCCUCUAAUUCAUCAUAGAGAAUCGCCAAUGUCCUCACCAUUGCUAGAGGAUGGGGCAAGAUGGCCUAAGUUAAGAAAAAUUGAUAUCAUU